GAGCGGCUCCUCCUCUUCCCCCGGGAACAUCCAGCAAGAAUCCAGGCCGGGAGAUUUGACGUCAGGGAGCGCUUUCGUCCUUUUGACGUGGAAGCCACUCAUUCCCAUUCUGGCCGUGGCGGCUCCGAGCCCGGCUCCAGCAUGAGACGAGCGGAGAGCGAAGGAGGAGACGGCGGCGAGGCACUUUCUUAGCAACUGCCCGCUCCUUCCUCUCCCGUAGCAACCGGAGCCCAAGGGGACUUUCCUCGCCUUCUCCAGCCCAACCAUUCCCGACUUCUUCCGCCUGCCUCGUAACACGCUAGAAUUCAUCUCCUCUCCCCCACCAACCCCGCCACGGAAAGUAUCCCUCCCUUUCGCUCUGCCGGGGCCAUGGAAAAGAGAUGCCGGGCAGGGCAGGGCGUGAUCGGGGCUCUCCUCUGCGCUUGGACGGUGGUCCUGCUGGCCAAGGCAGAGCGGCAGUUUGUCAAUGAAUGGGCAGCCGAGAUCCCCGGAGGUAUAGAAGCGGCGCGGCUCAUAGCAGACGAACUGGACUACGAACUUCUGGGACAGAUUGGACUCCUGGAAAAUCAUUAUCUAUUUAGACAUAAGGACCACCCUAGAAGAUCUCGACGAAGUGCUUCUCAUAUCACUAGACAACUCACAGAUGAUGAUCGUGUGACUUGGGCAGAACAACAGUAUGAAAAAAAGCGAACUAAACGUUUUGAAUUAGGAGACUCAGCAGAAAAUUUAUUCAAUGACCCAAUGUGGAGCCAACAAUGGUACCUGCAAGAUACAAGAAUCAACCGAUCUUUGCGUAAAUUGGAUCUCCAUGUCCUUCCAGUGUGGCAAAAGGGCAUCACAGGCAAAGGAGUUGUCAUAACAGUGCUUGAUGAUGGCUUGGAGUGGAAUCACACAGACAUUUACUUUAACUACGAUCCUGAUGCAAGUUAUGAUUUCAAUGACAAUGAUCAUGAUCCAUUUCCCAGAUAUGAUCCUACAAAUGAAAAUAAACAUGGAACACGAUGUGCGGGAGAGAUUGCCAUGCAAGCAAACAAUCUAAAAUGUGGAGUUGGAGUGGCAUACAAUUCUAAAGUUGGAGGGAUCAGAAUGCUAGAUGGCAUAGUCACAGAUGCCAUUGAAGCUAGUUCAAUUGGGUUCAAUCCUGAUCACGUGGAUAUUUACAGUGCCAGUUGGGGUCCAAAUGAUGAUGGGAAAACUGUUGAGGGACCUGGCAGACUAGCUCAGAAGGCUUUUGAAUAUGGAAUUAAAAAGGGAAGAAAAGGGAAAGGUUCCCUUUUUGUCUGGGCUUCUGGGAACGGUGGCCGCCAAGGAGAUAACUGUGACUGUGAUGGUUACACAGACAGCAUCUACACAAUCUCCAUCAGCAGUGCUUCACAGCAAGGCCAUUCUCCUUGGUAUGCAGAGAAGUGUUCGUCAACACUGGCCACAGCAUACAGCAGUGGGGACUAUUCUGACCAGAAAAUUAUAAGUGCGGAUCUACACAAUGAAUGCACAGCCACUCACACGGGGACCUCUGCAUCUGCUCCUUUAGCUGCAGGGAUUUUUGCUCUAGCCCUAGAAGCCAAUCCUAAUCUAACCUGGAGGGAUAUGCAACAUUUGGUAGUCUGGACAUCUGAAUUCGAUCCACUGGCCAACAAUCCAGGAUGGAAGAAAAAUGGAGCUGGUCUGAUGGUGAACAGCCGAUUUGGAUUUGGAUUACUCAAUGCUAAAGCACUGGUGGAUUUGGCUGAUCCCAAAAGCUGGAAAGGAGUACCAGAGAAGAAAGAAUGCAUAGUUAAGGACAGUGACUUUCAGCCGAGGUUAUUAAAAUCUAGUGGUGAAGUUACAAUUGAAAUUCCUACCACAGCUUGUGAAGGCCAAGAAAAUGCCAUUAAAUCCUUGGAACAUGUACAGUUUGAAGCAACAAUUGAAUAUUCCCGCAGGGGUGACCUUCAUGUGACCCUGACUUCCCCAUCAGGGACCAAAACAGUCUUACUGGCUGAACGGCAAAGAGAUAAAUCACCUUAUGGUUUUAAGGACUGGGAUUUUAUGUCAGUUCACACCUGGGGUGAAGAUCCAACAGGAACAUGGAUUUUAAAAAUAAUUGAUAUGUCUCAAAGAAUACAAAAUGAAGGCAGAAUUGUGAACUGGAAAUUGAUUCUGCAUGGCACUUCUACCCGACCUGAACAUAUGAAGCAACCUCGCAUCUAUACAUCAUACAACACUGUCCAAAAUGACAGGAGAGGGGUGGAAAAGAUGAUAGACUCUAUGGAGGACCACACCACUCAAGAAAACCUGAGUGACAAACACAAAGUGAGAGGAAGCAAACAGCAAAACCAAGAUGUGGUUCCUUCUGAUGCAAUGCUCCGUCUACUGCAAAAUGCAUUCCAUAGUCAGCUGGUUGGGAAUCAUUUACCAAAGAAGAUGCUAAAUGAAAACACAGAUAUUCCAUAUGAACAUUUCUAUCAAGCUCUCGAGAAACUAAACCAAGGCCCCCAGCUGAGAGACUCAGAGGAGUCUCUAUAUAGUGACUAUGUUGACCUUUUUUACAAUUCAAAAUCAUAUAAACACAGGGAUGACAGACUACUACAAGCUUUGGUUGAUAUUCUAAAUGAGGAAAAUUAAGAAAAAGUCCUUGGCAGAAACACUAGGUUGGAAAUAUUCACAUCUCCAUUGCACUCCUAAUUUCAGACUAAUUAUCAUCUUUCCAUGAAUACAAUUGGCAUUAUUCUAUAUUUAACAAUUGCCUAAAGAAUAAGGAAAACAAAAAGUUUGUUAGAUAUGAAAUGACAACCUAUUAAUUCAAAGCAAUCAAUAAUCCUUUCAGAUAGGCAGCCUCCUUCAGGAACAAGUAAAACCAAUAUCUCUAGGAAAUAGCAUAAAUUCACUGCAACAGUUGUGUUUAUUAUCCCUUCUGUUCAAACACAAAUACUUUAGAUUUUAUUUCUAUUGGCCUAUCUCAAAAUGUAACGUUGUUUGGAGAUACUAGGAGACUUGUCUGUAUUUCUAUUAUGGUCCCUGAGCACAAAAAAGCAUAGUGUGUUGUCCUUCUUCUUGGUAGCUCUCAUCCCAAUUUUUGAAACUAGAAAGCCACAUCCAUGUUUUAGGCAUAUAAUACAUUUAAAGGUAGCUCAAAUGAGAUUGAAAGGGGCCCAAGCUAAAUGUGCAACCAAUAGUAUUUCAGACAAAAGGAAACUUGGAAAAGAUGUCUUCCCACUGAUUUAGUGAGCACUAUCCUGUACAUGCUUUCUACUAAAUAAAUCCCAUUGAUUUCGGUGGGUCUCACUCUGAGAUAAAUAUGCAUAGGAUUAUAACUCUAUUGAACUCAUGGGGAAGACUUGUAGAAGAAACAAGGCAGUGUCCUCAUAAUAUCCUGCCAAUUUCUUUCAGCCCAAAUAUUGAAAUGUAUUUAUCUUAGACCCAGUUUUUAGUUCCUUUUCCCUCACAGCUUCCUUUUUAAAAACACCUUUCCCCUUUAUUUGGGUAAAUCUCAACAAAUGUGGCACUUCUUCACUCUGUUCUUUUCAUCAGGAGAAUUUAUUACAUUAGCCAAGCCAGGCACAGAUUUUGGAAAAAUCAAAAUGUCUGCCCUGUUUAUUUCAGAGGACAAGACAAAAAGAGUUUGCUAGCAAAAACAAUCUGUGGCAAUUGGAGUUAAGUCCAAAUGGAAAAGUAUUAGAUUUUCUCCUUCACUUCUAUGAAUAUCAGCCUUUGUUAGGGUCUCAGGUUCAUACAGUUCAAGAGAUAGAAUUCUCAGAAGAGAGAGAGAUUAAAAAAGAAAUUCUGAAUUUAAAUAUCAAAACACUGAAUAGCAUUAUAAUUGGUAUUUUAUUUUUUUCACCCAUUGAUGACACUUUUCCCUUCAAAACUGAUAUGACCAGAAGCCAGAGUCAAAGACCAGAGCAGCUUUUUAAAGUAAUAAAAUAUUCCUUUUUUAAAAAUGGUUUGGCUGUUACAUUAGACAUGGCAGCAUUUAUGGAGAGUAAGGAUUAGGGUGAAGCCUGUCAGAGACUGGAAUAGAUAAAAAUAUGGAAAAGAAAUCAUGAAGGAAAUGAAGAAAAAAUAGGCAUAAAAAGACUGCAAGAUCAGAAGAAGAAAAAAGAAGGGAUGGAAAGCAGAUUACAGGCUGAAAGCUAUGCCUGAAAAAUUACUUUCUCAUUGAACUAUAGGUAUAAGAAAAAUCAUCAAUAAGAUACAAAAUAACAUAUAAAUCAUACAGGGUUUUACCUUUUCCCAAGGGGGAAAGUACAUGUAGUCAGUCAGUUAUUAAAAUAAAAACAAUCAUGUUACCAAAACACUCUAUUUUUGCCUCAGAGUUACAUUUGGAACCACAAACAUUAGACUAGGCACACAGGUUGCCACCAUGCCUUAGAUUAAUCAAGUCUUGAAUGUUAGCAAGUUGGUCUUACUGGCUCUAGAUGCUGCAAAAAUGGGCUGGAGGAAUCAUGCUGUCCACAUUUUACCAACACAUGGCUUAAAAUCUCAGAGCAAACAAUUAUCUUAUUUGGGAAAAGCUUAUUCUCCAUUUAUUUUACUAGCCAUGUGCUUCCAACUACAAAAAUGGAGCAACAGGGACAUCGUCUGUCCAUCAAUUGCAUGGGAAGACACAAUUUGUCAUUCUGAUCAUGUGGUCUGGCAAGAUCAGCAUGGAAAGGCAGCAGCCACGAGCAGCAUAAAAUCAGACACACUUCUUACCUGCUGCUAGUGGUUCCUUGCAGGGAAGGCAAAAAUCUUGUGUUUUUUAAAAACAUUUUGAUAUUUUGGGAAGAGGUUUCUAUGAAUUUUAUAAAUUCUAUUAAAGGAACAGAAUUAUAAUAAGAAUUAUAAUUAUCCAUUUUCCACUUAAUUUAAACAUGGUAUUAUUUUUUUCACGGAAUAAAUUCCAUUAGUAUUUCUUACCAGUGUUCUGUAUUUACAAUAAGAGCAGCAGAAAGUUCAGACAAAGAAUCACCUAAAUAGAAAGCCUGACUAGAAUACAAGAUUUGCUCAUUACUACAAGGCUAUCACAAGGAAGAGGAUAUGGCUUUAUUCUCCACAAUGACAAAG